AUGGACAAAGGGGCUCGUGUUCUAACCACCAGGAUUACCGACAGCGAAGGCGACAUCUUCGACCACGGUACCAAACGCCCUUCCCGACUACGGCAGUUUGGCAAAGGAGCCUCCAGUCUCGGCCGUGACAUCAAAUAUUGGUUCGACACAGCAACUGAUGCGGUUCAAGAAUGGACACCAUUUUUCUUGGUCCUGUCUUAUUUUAUCUUCUCCGUCUGCGUCUACAUGGUGGCUACACCUGGGGUCACCAAGGUGUUCUGGUUCGUCUAUUUGAUGACGAAUACCUACAUCGCGUCGGCGACGGUCGUGGAAGCAUUGAUGAGUAUCGGUCCAUAUCACAACGCCAAAAAGGCGGUGGAGAAGAUGGCGAAGAAAAAUUGGACGUUUCCGACGCCCGACGACGAGUUGUUGACUUUGGACAUCUGCUUUGUCGCGUAUCUGCCGAAUGAACAAGAUAUCAUUCUGGACAGAAUCUCCUAUCUACUCGCAAAGAUUGUCUAUCCAAAAGAAAAGCUUCGAAUCAUCAUGCUGUACAACACCCCCUACCCGAUUGAACCUUUGGAAAGCCAGAUGCACGAUCUGGCUCUCAAGCACAGCCAGCUGAAGGUCAUCAAGGUCCCCCACUCCAAGUCCAAAGCCGACAAUCUCAAUUACUACUGCUCGUUGGAAACCUUUGCAGAUGUCUCGGCCAUCUUUGAUUGUGAUCACUAUCCUCAUCCGUAUGGUCCCAGAUGGGCGAUUGAACGUUUCAUGGCUGAUCAGAACAUCGAAACUGUGCAAGGCCGAUGUGUGGUCUUCAACUCGGAUGAGAACUUGAUGACCGCCAUGAUCUCGGUCGAAUUCGACAAGAUUUAUGCGGUGUCGCACCCGGGUCGAGCGUCCAUGUUUGAUUUCGGUCUUUUCUGUGGAUCCAACGGGUACUGGAAGACAUCCCUUCUUCGCGACCUGAAAAUGGAUGGCAGUAUGUUGACCGAGGAUAUCGAUUCAGCCCUUCGAGCGUUUGGCAGGGGCGCCAACGUGGUGCACGAUUUGAACGUGGUCUCCUACGAACUUGCACCGACGGCCUGGCCGGCGUUCUGGAAACAGCGUCUCCGAUGGUCUCAAGGCUGGGCUCAAGCCAGCUACCGUCACAUUCACCUGGUCUGGUCACGUUCACACCCGGAAAGAAAACGGACUCUCAUCCAGCGCUUCGGUCUCCUGUCUCUCCUGUACAUUCGAGAGUCUAGUUACUACCUCAUUACGCAGUACUUCUGUCUCGUCGUCAGCCUGGUUAUCACGGACUUCCCUCAAUCUGGAGACGAUUUACUUAAGUUGAUGUUCUUCCAGUACCCUGUGGCUUACUGGUUGUUCAUCCUCAGUUUCAUCUGUCUGCUUCUGACGCUCUAUAUCACUUUCCACACCAGGUCCGAAUUCGUGCGUUGGUGGAUGAUUCCGGUAUUCACCGUCACAUAUCCCGUUCAGCUCCUGCUCAACGCCGUCAUGGGUCUGUUUGGUCACGCUCGACAAGUGAGCAAGUAUGUGAAGUGGAACCCCACACCCCGGGCCUAA